AUGAAGAGCGGACGAUGGCUUGUUCGAUUCCAGGCAUCGGUAGGAGCCACCAACAACAUCAAGCCAUGGAGAGCUCUGAGUGUGUCUGCGAAUAGCUUCGCGUCCUUUGGCCGGUUGCCAAGUAGUAACGAAACUUGUUCUUCUCGAUGGUUUUCAUCUUCUUCUAAGUCACGUCGAGGCGGUGGUGGCUUCAAGCUGGAUGCCCUGCCUUUUUCCAUCUCACCCGAAGAGGCUUUGGAAAAGUUUCGGAAAUGGAGUGUCGACGAUCAAGGGCUCAACUACCUGAUGAGCUGGGAUUCUGUACGGAUAGGCGCUGCCUAUGUUCCAGUGUGGUCGUUUGAUUUGAAUAUGAGAUAUACAGUGACAGAUGCCAAUGGCAAAAAGCGCUAUGAUUGGAAACCGGCGCUCUUUUCCAGCAUUUACAGCAGUCAGCAAUCUGUCAUUCACUUGCCGGGGUUGGGUGCUUAUGCCGGCUACGGCUUUCGACGAAGUUUGGUGCAUCCCAUUGUCAAUACCACGUUGGUAUUCAUGGGCGAUCAAACGGUUCCGUUUGAAAAGUACAUGCUGCGAGACAUGCAACUGGCCGAAUCGGGUGAUCGCAUAGAAGUCUAUCCGGAUCCUUGGAAUGCCACGCGGAAUGCGGCAUUUACGUCCCUCGUGGAAGAUCUCGAAAACAUUGCGGCCGAUGCCGAUGGCACGGUACAACUACAAACUGAAAUUGUAUCCUCGCGUCGAGUAUACAUACCCAUCUACUUUAUUGAUUACACACUACUGGGUGGCAUCCAAUACAGAGCAUUUACUUCCGGAUGCGACAAGGCCACGGGAGUUUCCGGAGUCGACCACAGAGUCUUUGGGAACUACCAACCCGAUCAGCAAGCCAUGAAUCAAGCCUCUCAAAACUUCUUGUCGGGGACAUGGAUUGCCGCGCAACAGGUUGUUCAGACGGGACUACGAACCAAUCCGAGAGGAUUGUUGGCCAUUUUGGCCAUUGCACUACAAUUCACUGCCGGUAUUGUGGGUCGCAUCCUUGCUCGCAUUCCCGCACUGGCGUUUCUGGGAGGACUCUUUGUGGGAUUUCGCAAAAUCAUACAACCGUGGUAUGAGACGCGAUCGUCAUCGGCGGAAUGGGAACGACAACGAGAAUACGAAAAGAGUGCGCAAGAGGCGUCUCAUUCCUAUGGAACGGACUUUGUGGACAAUGGAUCGGCGCAACGAUACUUUUUCAGGAAUCGAGACAAGAUUCUCCAGUUUCUAGGAGGAACCGAAACCCAGCAUGGACCAUCCGACUUUGAUUGGUACAAGGAUUGGGAAGAGUGGGCCAGGAAACAGUGGGAGCAGCAGCAACAACAACAACAACAACAGAGCACAUACAGUCGCCAGCAACAACAGCAAGGGUAUUCCCAACGGCAGCAACAGCAACAACAAGGACGAAGGAAAACUCAACAACAGACAAAAAAGAAAGAGUACGUGUGGGACUUUGAUCCUAAUGAUCCAUACUCGGUGCUGGGCAUUCGCCGUGGAGCGACCAAAUCAGAAGUCUCGGCCGCCUUUCGCAAGGAGAUGCUGAAACAUCACCCUGACACACAGGCAGGGGCAACUGAAGCUGAGAAGCUAAGAGCUGUGGAGAGAUCAAAGCUGAUCACCGAAGCGUACAGAACGAUCAAAACAAGCAUGAAGAGAUAG